UCACAGUUAUUCGUAGUAUUUACUAAUUUAAUAACUUCAAACUUGUUCUGUACUGCUUUUCAUCUUUCCUCCAUAAUUUAUUAUUGUUAAAUUUUUAUCAAAUUUAACUAAUUAAGUAGAUUUUUUUACAGAUGAAUUAAUAACUAAAACAAAUAGGUGAACUAUUAUGGAAGUAUUAAUUUUAGAAGAUUUAAGAAAUUUAGGAACAACUAUUUCUUCAAAAGAAUUUAAAAAGUCCAUUGAUGGUGAAGCAAAAUCAAUUAAAUAUACUCAACUAGUUGAAUGGAUAACCAAAGAAAUUCAGAUUCUAUCAAAACAAGAAGAAUAUGUGAAUUCUAUAACUUCAGAAUCAGAUUAUAGUUCAUUUUUGUUGGAGGUUAGUAGUUUCUUAAAAGAAUGUGGUUGCUCUUAUAAGGCUCUUACUGCAGGUCAUUUUGAAAAUCGUUUAAAGUCUAAGGAAAAUAAGUUAUUAUUAUUAGAUUAUUUGAUUGGGGAAUUAAGAGCAUCUCGAAUAUUAAAUGCUAACAAAACUAAUAAAAAAUCUAAUAUGCAAGUAACAUUAAUUGAAAGCAAUGCAUCUAAGAGUCUUAAAGACAUCUUAAUAACUUUAAAAUGUCCUAAACCUCCCCUAAAUAUCGAUACUUCUUCUCUAUUUAAUAAAAUAUUUAUAAAAUUACAAGAUCAUUUAAACACUGUUCCCCCUGCAUUAAUUGGAAAGUCAUUAGUUUGUAGUUCAUAUUCUAGUGAACAAUGGAAAUACAUUAAUAAUAUAAUAGAACUUCUUAAUGAAGAAUAUAACAUACGACGUACAAUGUUGCUUACAAGACUUGAUGUAACAGUUCAGUCGUUUAAAUGGCCUGAUAGGAUGAAAAAUAAAAAACAUGAAUUAGAAGAAAUUUACCAAACCAAAUUAAAUUUAAUAAACAAACUACCUAGUUUUUCUACCUCUGAUUUCUUGUCUGCUAGAGAAGAUUUGGCAAUUGUUGAAAAAACUUCUAGUAAAUUAGCUGUUCAAAAUACAAACUCAUCUAUAAACAAAGUAAUGAUUGGACAAGUACCUGAUAGAGGUGGAAGACCUAAUGAGCAACAAGCACCUCCUCCAGAAAUGCCAAGUUGGCAGCAAAGGUCACAAUCACAAGGUAAUAGAGGUGGUCAAUCGAAUAGAGGAGGACAGAUGAAUAGUUGUGGUGCAGGACAGUUUAAUAGUCCAGGUAGUGGACAGUUUAAUAGAGGUGUACAAAUUGGAGACAAUCAGUCAUGUAGAAACUUAUAUGCUGGUAAUCGAGGUGGAUCGAAUGUUUACCAAAUGACUGAUGGAUUUCAAUCAAUCAGUGUUGACAAUGAAAAUAGAAAUUCAUAUCAAAACAAUCGACGAGGACGUGUGCAAGGAAGCUGGAACAACAAUCGGUCACAAGAUUACCAAGUUGGAAAUUAUCAAGGACGAGAUAGUAGAAAUAGUUAUAAUCAAGGGGUUUAUCAAAAUUCAAGAUAUGAUGAUAAUAGAUACCAGAAUACAUCAAAUGACAGACAAUGGAAUCAAAAUACUCAACAUAUUAACAGAAAUAACCAAGAUCAAUAUUAUGGUGAUAAUAGAGAUUAUAGUCGUAAUAAUUCUGCAGAUACAACUAACCGCGGAUACUCAAAAAGAGGUAGAGGUCAUAAUGGGCAAACCUAUUACAGCCAACAGAGAAGUAACCAAAAUUAUUAGUCAAAUAUUGUAUAUAUUUAUGUUUAUUAUUACGAUCUUAAACUUGAAAUAUUAAUAUACAUUUCAUUAAAUAUA